CUUAUCUUAAUGACCUCAUGUCAGUACAGUUGCCAAAGUCAGUAGAAUGUGGAUAUAGAACUUGGCCACAAAGGUGCACGGCAUAAAAGCAGGUAUGUUAAAAGGGAUACACUUGCUGUUAGCAUUUGCUGUGUGUAUUGACGUAGUUUUCGGGAGGCCACAUCAUUUGUUUGUCAGUCCAAAUGGAUCAGACCAAAAUGAUGGUUUUUCAGACAAAAAACCAUUCAAAACCAUAAGUCAUGCGAUUGAGAGGUCUAAGGACAACGCCUACAACGGUUCUACCAUGUAUAUUGAAUUGAUGCCUGGCUACCAUAACCUUGAAAGCACAGUGAUAAUUAAAAGGCCAAAUCUCGUCAUCCGGUCUUACAGGCGUCAAGAAGUUCACGUGACUGGAGGGCGCAGGAUACCGUCUAACCUGGUCCACCCAGUAACAGAUAAAGCAAUUCUGUCCAGAUUACCAGUUAAUGCAAGGCCUCAUGUUCGAGUUGUUGAUCUGCAUGACAUGAACAUUACAGAUUAUGGUAAAAUGGAGAGUUAUGGCACGAAUCAUCACCGUAAUUCUCCGCUUGAACUCUUCUUCAAUGGUCAGCCGCUACAUUACACAAGAUGGCCAAACGAUGGGUUUCUGGAUAUAAUCAGCUUUCCGGAUGGUGUCAAAGGUACACGUUUUCGUUACAAUUCGACGGUACCACGAUCUUGGCAUAAUGAAAAUGAUCCUUGGGUAUACGGAUACUGGUAUGCGGGUUGGACGGACGAAGCAGUUAAAGUAAAAUCUCUGGAUGCCACCAAUGAAAUUGUUACUUUAGAAAGAAAACCAGUUAUUGGAUUCAGGGUAGAAGGGCAUUGGGAGGAGUUUCAAACAAAUGAUGCAGCAGGCGAGGGAGGUCAUUUCCGGUUUAUAAAUAUUCUUGCAGAGCUUGAUCAACCGGGCGAGUACUAUCUUGAUCGAGUAAGUGGAAAGUUGUAUAUGUGGGCACCAAAUCACGAUGGGAAUAUACAUUCAUCUGAUGUACUAUAUAUUUCUAUGAUUAAUAAUUGCUUUGAAAUUUAUCCUCCGGCUGACAGUGUUCAUCUUGAAGAUUUCACUUUAGAAGCUUGCCGAAGGCACGGCGUUUUUGCCAAUAAUAUGAAAAGAAUAAAGCUGAUCAAGCUUGAAAUUCGAAAUACUGGUAGUAUAGCCGUAAAUAUAAUUGGAGAUUCAAGGAAUUGCCAGAUUUCACAGUGUUACGUUCAUGAUACUUGCGGGGGAUUAUGGAUGAGUGGUGGAAACAGGACAAUUUUAGAAUCAUCAGGCAAUCUUAUUCAACAUAACGAAGUUACCCGGUAUGACCGCCUUGGGGCAGUUGGAAUUGAAGGUAUUCAUGUAAAUGGCGAUGGUUUCGUAGUCAAAAAUAAUCACAUUUAUGAUGGACAAGGCAAGGCGAUUGUUUUCUUGGGUAAUGACAUCAACAUGAUAAAUAACCUUGUACAUCACGUUUGUAAGAACAUGUCAAAUUGCCAGGCCUUUAACUCGUACCAUGAUGUGUCGUUUCGUGGGAAUAUUAUACAGUCCAACAUUGUGCAUGAUGUCUAUAAAUUAAUUCCUGGUGGUCCAAAUAGAGCGGUUUAUCUUGACAACUUAAUAUCCGGUGUCAAAAUAGUGAAUAACGUAUUCUAUAAUAAUGGAAUCCAUGUGAUUAUCGGAGGGGGACAGUAUAACGAAAUCAAAAACAAUGUAAUGUAUAAUGCCAAGUAUGGGAGCAUAAGCGUCGAUGCUCGUGGAAUGAAUACAAACCUUAGUAGUAUGCUCGAUGACCGUUUACAUGCAGUGCCGUACAAUGCAUCCCUGUGGAGUCUACGUUACCCUCAUCUUGCAGACAUUGAUCCUGUACAUGAUGGAUACCCUCCGAUAGGUAAUCAAAUAUUCAGGAAUAUGAUUUAUGCCGCUCCACAUACAUAUAUCAUACGUGGAAUUCCUUCACAACUACAAGCCAACGCAUCAGCUUACUUCAACCUAUCACAAACAGGCUUUUCGAGUGGAAGUGGAGACCAUGUAGAUGUAUCCCAACGUGAUCUAAGGGUAAUAUGUAGGGCUAGAACGUGGGCAAGCAUUAUUGGAUUUCACCAAGUAAUGUCGCCUAAUUCUGUUGGCCCUUCUUCUUCUGUUGGCCCAACGUAUCUUAACAGAGGGAGAGUGCACCUCGUUAAUACAACUGUACCUUCGAACUGUACGACAAAACCCCCACCAACAGAACAACCUGUCCCAGCAUAUAUACCUGAUGGUUCAAACGGAAAUGAGGUGUUCCAUAGAGUGGAUAAAACAGGUUGCUGGUUGAAUGUCACGCGAUGUGCUAAACACCCCACCACUAUCGGUGCAUACAGGGACAUGUAUGGCGAGCGAUACCGUAACGCCUCAGCGAACGAGUCAAUGUGUUUCCGCCGGGCAUUAGAGCAUUGGCAGCUGUGUGGAUCUAACUUAAAUGACCCUGUCCUAGUUACUUAUGGUCCAACUGGAAACUCUACGCUUGGUGGUGACAGCUGCUUUGCUUCUUUGUACGGAUGUCCAAAACACGGGGGGCCUGAAGAUGGACACCGUAACACAUCGAGCGGCCGAUGGUUCCGUGAUGGGUCUCAAAGAACUCCCGGACAGGAAGGAUGUUUAAGAAGAUCCUUGGAUAUUUGGCGAUGGUGUGGUUCAAGUUCCAAUUAUCCUGUUACUAGUAUAUAUCUGCCUACAGGAGCAAAAAGAACUGCCGGUGGUGGAUGCUGGAUUUCCAUGGAUAGCUGUCCUAAAGACAGGAGAAUACAUCACAUGUUUUAUGAUGUGUCGGGAGCGACGUAUUAUCAAACUGAUGACAAUGAGUUUAACUGUCUGCAUCGGGCCCAAUUUUUCUGGAGUCACUGUGGUUCUCAUGCCAAUCAUCCAGUCACUGCCACUUAUCGCCCGACGACUAAAAGUCUUACAUAUCCAUAACCAAAAAAGUUGUAACAAUAUCAUGGAAUUAAAAAGAAAUAAUAAAUCGAUAAAAGUA